GGUAUAUGCGCUUGUCUUCCAUUGCUCGCAUGCUUUCUCAAAUAGAACACCAUAAUGCAGUGAAAAGUGAUUAUUUCGAGCUUAAGUCGGGUAAAAGGCAAACUGAACAUGUGAUAGUAUUAAUUGUUUUCAGUGAAUUGCGAAUAGUGACUCAGUGUGAAUUGUGAGUGAGAUUAUUCUUCAAAAUGAAGUUUACGGAGCAUCUUGGGGCGCACAUAACCCCAGAAUGGAGGAAACAGUACAUACAAUAUGAAGAAAUGAAGGCAAUGUUGUAUGCUUGCGUUGAACAGGCGCCAUCGGAGGAGGUCGUAGAGGAGGAGGUUUCUCAAAGAUACUUUGCCAGGUUUGAUGAGAAGUUCUUCACGUACUGCACAAAGGAGUUGACGAAGAUCAACACCUUCUACGCUGAGAAGUUGGCGGAGGCCACUAGGAAGUUUGCCACCUUGAAGACGGAGAUGGAUGGUCCUGACCAUGAUGAUCUCACCCAGAAGGGGCACAAGAAGAUCCAGCGGAGGAAGGUGAUGGAUCUCAAGCUUGCCUUCUCUGAGUUCUACCUGAGCUUGAUCCUGCUGCAAAACUAUCAGAAUCUGAACUUCACUGGGUUUAGAAAAAUAUUAAAGAAACACGACAAACUGUUGAGAAAUGAUGCCGGGGCCAGAUGGCGUGAGGAGAAUGUGGAAUCCUCUCACUUCCACACUAACAAGGACAUUGAUAAACUUAUUGCAGACACAGAGUCUACAGUCACCUCAGACCUAGAGGGGGGAGACAGGCAGAAAGCAAUGAAAAGGCUUCGUGUUCCUCCUUUAGGGGAUAAACAGUCCCCUUGGACAACAUUUAAGGUUGGACUGUUCGCUGGUGCAUUUGUUGUUCUGCUAAUUGCAGUAAUUCUUUCAGCUGUCUUUCACGGGGCAAAGGAUUCAAAAUUUUCAGCAACUGAGUUUGAUGUUGCUCUACGAUUGUACCGAGGCCCUCUUCUCUACAUAAUCUUUGUAUUUCUGAUGGGGAUUAAUGUUUACGGCUGGAGGUCAUCCGGGGUCAAUCAUGUUCUCAUUUUCGAACUAGAUCCUAGGAAUCAUUUAUCGGAACAGCAUCUGUUUGAGCUGGCGACAAUAUUUGGUGUAGUGUGGACGGUUUCCAUUCUCUCCUUCCUGUACGCAGAGCACCUGGAUAUCCAACCCUUUAUUAUGCCGGGCUUCCUCGUUCUCAUCAUGCUCAUAUUCCUUCUCAAUCCAACCAGGACCUUCCAGCACGAUGCCAGGUUCUGGAGUCUUAAGGUCAUCUUUAGAAUCAUCAUGGCGCCAUUUUUCUAUGUCGGAUUCGCGGAUUUCUGGCUGGCGGAUCAAGCAAAUUCUCUCGGGCAAGCGCUCAAGGAUUUUCAGUUUCUCGUCUGCUUCUAUGUUCGCAGAUUUUCUGAAUGGGACUGGGAGAAGAUAGAGUUAGAUGAAUGUGGAUCUAGUGGUUGGUGGUUGGUUGGGGUGGUUGGUGCUCUCCCGGCCUGGUUCAGGUUCGCACAGUGUCUCAGGCGUUACAGAGAUACGCGUGAAGCAUUUCCUCAUUUACUAAACGCCGGGAAAUAUACUUCAAGUCUAUCAGUUGUUCUAUUCACUACACUCUAUGGAUAUUAUGAGACUGGAGAGUCUAAGGGUCCAUUCUUCUACCUGAUGAUAAUAUCCUCCGUUGUAUCUACAGUUUACGGAUAUCUCUGGGAUAUCAAGAUGGACUGGGGGUUCUUCUCCGACAAUGCCGGAGACAACAGGUUUCUACGGGAGGAGGUUGUCUACUCAUCAACGAAUUAUUACUAUUUUGCAAUCCUGGAGGAUCUAGUGUUGAGGUUCUCCUGGGUUUACAUCCUCCUCAUCAAGGAGUCUGGCCUCAACUCAAUCAUAUCCUCGGAGAUCGUCACCACGGUGUUCGCCUGCCUCGAGGUCGUUAGGAGAUUUAUUUGGAACUUUUUCCGUCUGGAGAACGAACACCUGAACAAUUGCGGUAAAUUCCGAGCAGUUCGUGAUAUCUCUGUGGCCCCCCUGGACGCCUCCGACCAGCAGCAGAUCAUCAAUAUGAUGGAUGAUCCGGACCCCAGGAAUCUGUUUAGGAAGAAAAAGAUCAUCAAAAUGGGAAUUAUGUCAACUGUUGAAUCCUUGAAAGUUCCUUUGCUCAAGGACACUGAUGAUGAACCAUUAACAAUGGCGAGCAAUUACAAGAAUAUGCAUUCAGUUGGAGCCAUCUUGUAAGUGACGUCUGGCGGUAUUAUAAUCCAGGCUUUUUUCUUUCAACACAUGGUGUGCAAUUUUUCUUCAAGAAUCAAGAAAGUAGACAAAAGUUAUCAUUAUAGUCAAAACUGAGUGUCCACUAAAAAUUUCAGCCCAAUCGGUCCAGCCGUUUGACCGGCUAUACGCAAAAUAUAUAUAUAUACGAA